AUGAAUCGUAGUUCAUGGAGAGACGAAUUCGGUCCAAUAAUGAAUACACUUCGCAUUUUGGUGCGCAGCCAAUUAGGAUACCAAAUGCGGCAUCUUGACUUCAAGGGUUCAAGGUGGACGCUCGAAAAAUUUUGCGAUCUUUUUGGACGUGCUCAAACAGUUUCUUCAAGUGUUAGGGAACUCACGAAACUUGCUACACGAGGCAUAUAUCCUGGUACGGCAGGUUACACGGUCUCGGAUGCAGGUCUUGAUAAUUCGUCAAGUCUUAUACAAGUUUUUCAUGAGGAUGCCAGCACUUCGAACAACUCUGACAACAAACCCUGGAAGAACGGUGACAGUGGAUUAAGCAAAAAACAAGCUUCCGAAAGUUCUGUAUUAGGAUUUAACUAUAUUUCAAAGAAGGAUGCAGAUAUUGUUUCGUCAAUAGUUUCUCCGAAAUCGAAGUAUUAUGAACCGCGUUUACCAAAGGGCUAUCAGUUGAAAGCUUUGGAAGUAGAAUCCUUAAAUACAAAGAAUCGGGAACGCAAAGUACCAAGCUCUCGCAUAGCAAGAUUUGCUCAAUUUGGCCAACUUGGAGUCAGUCUCAUUAUGGGUGCAGCUGCAGAAGUCAGCAAGCGGACACUGGGAUUUAGUAAGCCUGCAAAUCCAUCAGCAGAUACCAGUAUUACUUCUACCGGAAAUCCAUUCAUGACGGAAGCGAAUGCUGAGAAGAUUGUACGCACUCUGUGUAGAGUGCGUGGUGCUGCCUUAAAGUUGGGUCAAAUGCUCAGCAUACAAGAUUCGGAAUUAAUUUCACCAACGUUACUCAAAAUAUUUGAACGUGUUCGACACAAUGCUGAUUUCAUGCCAUCAUGGCAGGUUCACCGUCAGAUGUGUGAUUCGUUUGGUGAAAACUGGCGUGAGAAAUUUAGAAGAUUUGAGGAUGUUCCGUUUGCGGCUGCAUCCAUCGGACAGGUUCACCGAGCUUGGUUACCUAGUGGAGAAAAGGUUGCGCUAAAAAUUCAAUAUCCUGGAGUAUCAGCAGGCAUUGACUCGGAUAUUGAUAAUUUAGUAACAAUACUGAACUAUGGAAACUUCUUUCCGAAGGGCCUUUAUCUGGAAAAUUUUGCAGCGGUAGCAAGAAAAGAAUUAAAACUGGAAUGCGAUUACAAACGCGAAGCACGUGCUAUAAAAGAAUUUCAACGAUUGUUAGCCGAUGACAAGCAUUUUUAUGUUCCAAAAGUGAUUGAUGAUCUAACUACAACACAUGUGUUGACAACGGAGUACAUGGAGGGUGUCCCUGUUGACAAAUGUAUGGAUGAGCCACAAGAAGUUCGUAAUUACAUUGCUUCUAAAUUUAUCGAACUCUGUCUCCGCGAAAUUUUCGUUUGGAGGUUUAUGCAGACCGAUCCAAACUGGUCUAAUUUCUAUCUCGGCAAGCAUCCAACUGCUAAUGGUCCAACAUUAAUUCUUUUGGAUUUUGGAGCUUCACGUUCAUAUCCUAGAAAGUUUGUUGACCAGUAUAUGAAUAUUAUUCGUGCUGCUUAUGACAAUGACAAAAAUAAAAUGCUGGAAUAUUCGAGGAAGAUUGGUUUCCUAUCAGGAUAUGAAUCAAAGAUAAUGGAGAAUGCGCAUUGUGAAUCAAUCGGUAUUCUGGGUGAGACAUUGGCAUCUACAACUCCAUAUGAUUUUUCGAAACAGAAUGUAACGAAAAGAAUUCACGCAUUAAUUCCAGUGAUGUUAAAACAUCGCCUAAUAUCACCGCCUGAUGAAAUUUACUCAUUACAUCGAAAACUUUCUGGAUCCUUUUUAUUAGCAUCCAAAUUAAAAGCAGUUGUUGCCUGCGGUGCUUUAUACGAACAGAUUUAUGAGGAGUACAGAUUUGGUGAUAGCGCCAGCGUGAAAGAUGUUAACAUUGAUAAAUGA